AUGAGUGCCGCAUGGCAGAUGAGUAUUGAUCAAGGAAUGGGCGUUUUUGCUCCAGACAAUGCAGACGGAGACGAGGUCAGUCCCAUGAUAGUUGCAGACACCGUUUCUAUGGCACCCAUUGUCAUUGAAACUGGGCCACAUGCAAUAUGGACCAAGGUAAAUUGCUUAAAUCACCUGGUUACUUUAUUUAUGCCUUCCAGUAUUAGCAAACGUCCAACGUUAUAA